AUGAAGACCAACGCGCUCCUCCAUCACCUCCUCCUCCUCGUGGGGCUUUUCGCCGCUGCCGUGACGGCAAAACCGGCCAGACUGAAAUUUGUGGUGCACGUACAAUCACCCUUACAUAACAUCACACCCGAACACAAGCUUCCGUCUGACGCACUUGUUCUCUCGACCUCCCCAGAACCGUCUCGCUUUCACUUUGACAAACCCGAGAACUACAUCAGCAUGUACCACCAGGAAGGCAGCAACACCCUCUACGUGGGCGGGCAGGCCGUCAUCUACGUGCUCACCUUCACCAACCGAGGCGUACGCGAUGUGCUGAUCCCAGCACCGUCGGACCAGACCGCUAUUGACACCUGCAAAGCCAAGGCGGCGCCUCUCGAGUUGGAGUGUGACAACUUCAUCACAGUCAUUGAGAAAGUCAAUGACACCUUCAUCGUGUGCGGCACCAAUGCCGGCAGCCCUCGUUGUUGGAUGCUGGUUAACGACACGGUCCUGACCGAUGUCCAGGGCGUGGGACAGAUCGCGUCACCUUCCGACAUCUCCCCGCCGUACCCCUCGCAGAAGUCCAUCAGCUUGCCCACAGAUGGGAGUCUGUAUUCGGCCAUGUCGGCAGUGAGCGGUCACGCCGGUUCCAUCCGCCGCACGUUCGGGCCUCAAAAGCUCCUGAAGACGGAAAACAUUUGGCUGCUUAAUCCUCAGUUUGCUGGAGCCGCCAUCAUCCCGUCUACUCUUAAGUACAAGGAGGAGAUCUACUUCUUCUUCAGUGAGAUCAACAAGACAGCUCGCGUGGACGAAGAGCCGUACAGGGCCCGCAUCGGCCGGAUCUGCACGGUGGACGAGGGCGGGAUCAAAGCCCUGUUGGCUGACUCGUGGACCACCUUCAUGAAGGCGCGUGUCAUGUGCGGUGCCGGAAAUACCCAGCAGCAGUACAACAACAUGAAACAGGCGGUGGUUCUGACGGCGCAAGACAAACGGGCCGGUGUAUUGUAUGGCCUGUUUUCCAACGCGUGGGGCAGAACUGUUAUCUGUGCGUACUCCAUAGAGGACAUCGACCAGGCUUUCUCAACGUCCAAGCUGAAAGGCUAUAGCAGCUCAUUCGCCGGGAAUCGACCAGGAAUGUGCGUUCGAAAGAAUUCCACAGCUUCGGGUCACAACGACAUUAAAAACCUGGGCGUGAUUCGAUACCACCCGGAAAUUGAGGACGUGAUCCGGCCGGUGGGCGUAGCCCCGCUGGACUUGCCGACGGAUGACCAGAUCACGCACACGGUUGCAGACAUCGUUUUGGCCGUCAACGAUGAGCACUACAGCGUUCUCUACCUCGGAACAGAACAAGGAAAAGUCUUGAAAGUUCUUCACAGCAGCGAAGGGGUUUUCAUCAUCUCCCAGUACUCUAUGUUCCGCAACGAGGGGCCCGUCCUGAACAUGGCUAUCAACCCCCAAAAGGGGCAUCUGUACGUUGCCACGGCGAUGGAGGUCCAGCGGCUGCCGUUGGCCGACUGCGGUCGCUAUGGCGACACGUGUCGCGAGUGCAUCCUCUCGCGGGAUCCGUACUGCGGUUGGGACAAGGCCAGGAGGAGGUGCAUCGCCAUUCCGCCAGGAUAUAACGUCACGUCUGGGACGCUUAUUCAGAAUUUGGACCAAUCCAACUCGUCGGUUUGCGGGGAGGCUGCUGCCCUUAAGCUACGCCGCACCUCCCCUAAAGAGGUGGUGGUGCCGUUCAACACCUCCGUCUUCCUGCCCUGCCGGGUGCGCUCCUUCCACGCCAGCUAUCGCUGGGAGAAGGACAACUGCAUCAAGAACUACCCCUGCCUAUUCUCCGGCGACUUCUGCGUCCUGGGCCCGGCGGUAGACACGCCCCUGAAGGAGGGCAUCUUCCGCUGUAUGGCCACCGAGGACGGCUUCAAGGUGGAGGUGGUGUCCUUCAAGCUGGUCAACGGCGGCCGGCCGCCGGCCUCCGUCGUAGGGCUGUCACUGCUGCUCGCCGCGGCCGCUCUCUGGCUUCAUUAG